AUGUGGAAGGUCAAACCUCCGGUUGCCUUUCCAAUGGAGACGAGAUACCGUCCGAUUUUGGAGGUAAUCAUUGAUAACAGUAGUCUGGUCCCCCCUGACCCCAUGUCCCAGUUCCACCUGAGGAGAUGUUCUCCUGACGAGGAGUUUCCUGACCUGAGCAGGAACUCCACCUGGAUGGGACGGAUCCUCACACCGGCCAUGUACCGCCGGCAGUUCCACCGCUGCACCCCCAGUGGAGUCAUCUUCGAUGACGUCAUCCGCCCGGGCCUCGAGGAACCAGGUGAUUGGUCCAGUCCUGUAUCUGUGGGCUGCGUUGCGGGCGACGCUCAGUGCUACGUCCUGUUCUGUGACUUCUUCGAUCGAGUCAUCGAGGCGCAUCACCAACACGCGAUCAGCAGCCAGACGCCAGAGGGCGACUUCAACUAUGACAACUUGAAGGGCACUUGUGACUUGGACAGGUCAUACGCAGCACGCUGUGAAGUGAGUGUUGUUCGAGGCGUCGACGACUUCUGCUUCCCGACGCACUGCAGCCGAGGAGAGCGCAGGCAGCUCCUCACACUGGCCAGGAGAGCUCUGCAGCGCCUGGAGGAGGAGACGCUGCCGGGUCAACUCCUCUUACUGGAGGAGCUGGACCAGGAGCAGCAGAGGGAGCUGAACCUGGACCCUCCGUCCUCCUCUCAGCUCCGUAUCGGCGUGGCCCGGGACUGGCCCGACUCCAGGGCAGUCUGGGUGAGUAAAGACGGCAGCCUAGUGGUCUGGGUCAACAUGGAGGACCACCUCAGACUGGUGUCCACACGAGACGACGCCGACGUCGCCGAGGCCUUUAAAUGCAUCUGCAUCAACCUGCAGAAGCUGGAGGAGUUCUACAGAGAGAUGAAACACCCGUUCACCUGGAAGCAGCAGCUGGGGUGGGUGAGCAGCUCUCCGGCCGACGUCGGGACGGGUCUGAGGAUCAGAGUCCACCUCAGACUGCAACACCUCCCCAGACACAAACGCCUGCAGGACGUCCUGAAGAGACUGAGGAUCCGCAUGCACACGACGACAGCUCUGGUUUCAAACUUGCCUUUCCAUUUCCCAGAAUCCCCGGCGCUGUACUGCGUGAGCAAUGCGGUGACCUUCGGCCCGAGCGAGGUGGGACUGACCCAGCUGGUGGUGGACGGGGUCAAACUGCUCCUCGCCAUGGAGAAGAGGCUGGAGGGCGGCCGAGACAUCGAUGAGCUCGUUCCUACACAGAAGUAG